CCGAUCCAGCAAUCGCAAUUGUGUGUAAUCACAAUGAAGGAUAUUUGAUGCCCAGGAAGCUGGGAUCGAAUUUCUUUUUUAGAAAUCAUCCGUUGGCGUCGUCAGUCAGUCGGGCUGUGGUUGGGCUAGUAUUCCUUCCAUCUACGGUUGGAUUUCAAGACAUCUGUGAUCUUGGCUAGAGUAAGGUAUGAAGGAGCACUUAUUAGCAACGCCCGGGAAGCUUCCAAUCAACGCCAUAUGGACAAGCCCUCCUGCUCCCCACCCCUAUCGACAUACUCACGAACCCAGCUUCUAUGUCCUUCCUUGAUGUUGCCUGAAGUUGCUUCUCAGCCCACAAACCAUAUCCUGGCAACUCCUUUGGUGGAUAACUCGAUUCCUGGAAUGGAUCCCCGCGCUUGCAAUAUCCUUAUCAUGUCCUAACUACUACUCCGUUCUAGCUCAUUCCAAAUAUACACGUUAAUACUAAUCAUAUCCAUGCAUCAAGUACUAUUUCUAAUCUUCCCAAGAACGCGCGCGCACGUUGUUCUUAUUUCAGUUGGUUUUUGGUUCCAAUUGAGCUCAGGUAAGACGCGUCGCUCUUUCGCUCCCAGGCACUCCCUUCUGAUUCUUCCUUCCCUUUUGGCCCGGUGUUCUGUUCUGUUCAUUGCAUGUGAGCGAGGAAAAAGCGUAGACGUUUUCAGUUGUUCUGCGGUGCUUCUCGUGUGCGAACGAGGCCUCCACGGAUAACAGUAAUCCCGAGUGUUUCCCUUCAAGAUAUUUGAAAAACACAGUGUGAAUCUUAAGUUGGCUUGGAUCGUUCUUUCCUUUACAAUUGAUCAAGGUGAUUUUGUGUCGAAAACCUGUGAUCAUCAGUGUGGUCGAUGCAGUAUAAUGUAGAAAACUCCAAUAUGUGGGUUUGAAGUCAUUCGUUGUUGCUUCAUCAUUUUACCCAAGUUCCAAUUGGAGGUCAUCAUGCUCUGCUCUCCAAGUUCGUUCAAGAGUUGCUUCAAAUAGAGCGUGAUCCAAAUGGGGCCGUCAUUUCAUCUAGUCAACACCGCCAAAAUGAAGACCUUGUGCCUGAUCUUGUCCAUUGCGGUGGUGUUCAACCACAUCCAAGAUGUUCACUCCCAUGGGAGAUUAAUCGAACCACCAUCGAGAUCUACAAUGUGGAGAUACGGAUUCAGCACUCCACCUAAUUACAAUGAUCAUGAACUCUAUUGUGGAGGAUUUUCCCGCCAAUGGAGCACGAAUGGCGGCAAAUGCGGCAUCUGCGGAGACCCGUGGGAUUCGCCUCAGCCCCGUCCUAACGAAGCAGGUGGAAUGUACGGGAAAGGCGUUAUCGUUCGAAAGUAUCAGAAGAACCAAGCAAUCAAAGUACGUGUGGAGCUCACCGCCAAUCACAUGGGAUACUUUGAGUUCCGUAUCUGUCCCAACAACAAUCCCAAAAAAUCAGCUAGUCAGAAAUGUUUGGACCAACACGUCCUCCAAAGCGCCGAUGAAGGAGAUCCGAGAUUCUAUCCUGGACCCGGAACCAAAGUAUUUGAGAUGCAUUAUCAACUUCCCAAGGACCUCACAUGUAGCCAAUGCGUGUUCCAAUGGCGCUACGUGGCAGGGAACAAUUGGGGUGUGUGUAAAAAUGGGACUGGUGCCGUGGGUUGCGGAUCCCAAGAGGAGUUUCGUGCUUGUGCUGAUGUGACCAUCACAGAACCCGAUGGAACUGCCAAUGAUAAGCCCAAUCACUUGUCAGAUCCAGAGGUCUUUGAUCCCUCUGAUUUGGAUGAUGAAUACAACGAAAUCGAGAAUGACGACAGGGAAGUGAACAAGUACCAACCGCAAGAAGCGCCAGAGGAUAUUGCCACCAUCCUUUUGGUUGUUUUUGCUUCGCUUCUGGUACCAUCAUUAUUCUUCGGAUUCCUGUUCUUCUAUUACCUCCGUGGGAAGGGUUAUUUCCAAAAGUACGUGAAAGAAAAGGAAUGGGACUUGCCGUCCAUGCCCAAGAUGGCCUCUGUUCAGUGGCCUUUGUCUAAUGUCCAAAUUAAGAACCUACCCACGUUCCUCCAUAAAAAUUCCAAGAGCGGAGCCAAAAGCAAAGCCAAUGAGGUGAAAAAAUCUGUGUCUGCACCAAUCAACGUUCUAAGUAGCACCAACAAGGCUGCUCCACCCACAGUAAGUGCCUCCAUUCCGGGGCCUCGACCUCCCCCUAGGGCCAAACGGGUGGCUCCGAUCCCGACCCCGGCCAACCAAAGUGUGGUCCCAGUAGAAGCCAGCUCACCAUUGAAGGCGGCAGCUCCUCAACCCCCGAGAUUGGCCACCAUCACAGCUAGGCCACAUCCAGUGACACGCCCCACAGCUCCACCUCCAACAGCUCCGUCCCAAUCGCCAGUGUUGGAAAUCGGCCCACCCAUGGCAGUCACAAUCAAUGGCGUGUCAUUUACCAAGACAUCCGUGGACUCUCCCGCGGAUAGUUGUACUUCAGACUCUGGGUCCAAUUAUUCGCAUGAUGGUCUGGUGCCUGCGCAGCCAGCCAUGGCGGAUGAAGAUAUUCCAGAUUCAAUGGAACAAGCUCCUCCAUUGCCAGAUUGUCCACCUCCUGAAGAAUUUGAUUGCUCCACGCGAGAGCUUGAACAUGAACUUAAAAGGCCAGGUUCGUCAUCUGAGGCCUAAGAGUGCUCUAUGCGUGUAAAUUAACCAUCAAAGUCGACAGGUCUUUGCCAGAUACAUCCGUUGUUGUUAUAAUAUGCUCAUUCACUUUGUAGAUAUGUCCAGCUUGGCUCAUCAAACUGAAUAUUCUUACCUAGUUAUGGAUCUUUACUGCGAAAAAAGCGAUAAUAAAGUCCCCACAUA